AUGAACGACGACAUGGAGGACGAGGAGGGCGACGAUGACGACGACGAUAACACAGACAGCAACGCCGAAGAUGAUGCGAAUCUAUCCCGCCCAACGACCCUCCCCAUUGCUCUAGCUGCGAAAAAGAAUCAAAAUGCCGUCUCCAAUCUCUACGCCGAUACUCCUCCCUCUCUCAAGGACCACAUCGAGGAAAUAUUCGGCGAUCUAGCUCCGAAAGCAGGACUCACAGCCUGGGAAACUACGGAACUUCCGGACAAUUGGAGGCACCAGAGCACCACACAACUACGUGUUCUCAAAGAGACGGCCUAUGACAGCUCUCUUUCUCUUGUGCAAGGUGCUUAA